GAAAGGGAGGAUGAAGUUUGUCAUCCAAACAAUAUCUAAGUCAUCGUCCAAACCAAGAUACUCUCACUCAUCGGUCAAUCAACCGACCCGUUUCCUCAAUUUGGGUUUUUCUACAUAAAAAGCUCCUCCCGCAACUCAUGAGCAAACCCUCCGAUUGAUCGUCCCAGAUUCUCAGAAACCCCAACUGAUCGAUCCGAGAAAAGGGUCCUCAAUUUAGAUCUAUGGAUGGGAACAAAGAUGAAGCCUUGAAGUGCUAUAAAAUAGCUAAAGAUUCAAUCCAAUCUGGUAAUAGAGAAAGGGGUUUGAAAUUCUUGAAUAAAGCUAAGCGUUUAGACCCAAAUCUAGAAAUUGAUGAUCUGUUGUCUAAAGUUGAUGGCUCACAAGCUGAGAAUGAAUCACCUAACAUCCCCACGAAGGAGGACUCGUCAAGUUCUGGGAAACCACCGGAAAGUGGGGCCCGCAGAAGGAGUUCAGUAAAUAAGGAGGCAGGAUCAUCCUCUUCCUCAGAGGGUGUGGCUGGUUAUACAGAGGAGCAAGUGACAAUCGUGAGGGAGAUUAAGAGGAAGAAGGAUUACUAUGAGAUUUUGGGAUUGGAGAAGAGUUGCAGUGUGGAGGAUGUUCGGAAAGCGUAUAGAAAGCUGUCUUUGAAGGUUCACCCUGACAAGAACAAGGCUCCCGGGUCAGAAGAGGCCUUUAAGAUGGUGUCUAAGGCAUUCCAGUGUUUGAGUGAUGAGGAGAACCGGAAAAGAUAUGAUGUUGUUGGUGAUGAGGCACCUGUUUAUGAGAGGCGCCCAACUAGACGUCAUGCUGGUGGUGGAAUGCAAGGGUUUAAUGGAUUUUAUUACGAGGAUGUUGAUGCUGAGGAAAUCUUCAGGAAUUUCUUUUUUGGCGGGAUGAAUCCUGUAGCAACUACCCAUUUCAGCUUUGGUCCUGGAGUUGGAGUGCGAGUUGGUGGGCAUAAUGGGUCUAAUGGGUUUGCCAGAACUUUAAUUCAAUUGUUGCCAGUGAUAUUGAUUCUGUUACUCAACUUUUUGCCUUCAUCAGAUCCAGUUUAUUCAUUCUCGAGGUCAUACCCAUACGAGCAACUGUUUACAACACAAAGGGGUGUGAACUAUUAUGUCAAGCCUGGGAAAUUUGAGCAGGAUUAUCCUCUAAGUAGUCCCAGACGGGUGAAACUUGAAGAAGGGAUUGAGCAUGAAUAUUUCAACAGUCUUGCUUACAACUGCCGGCUUGAACGCCAACAAGUUCUUUGGGGCUACAGACAAGCAACACCAAAUUGUGAUACAUUGAGGAAGUUCCAGGACGUCGCCGCUUGAUAACAACCUUUCUCAACAUUCCAGUUUUACCAUUGCUAUUUCUUUUUCUCUAGAAUUAUUAUUACUUCAGCACACGAGUGCAGACUCCAAAUAUAACACGCACCUUAUUAUGUUUGCUUUAUGAAAUUUGUAGCUCCACAUGAUGAUGAUGAUGCUGUUUUAUUUUUUCUGUCCUGGCACAAGAGCUUCUGACCAGAAAUAGAUGAAGAACACUUGUCCCUCAAAAUGGUUAUGCCUUUUAUAAAGAAUAAAUCAUUGAUAUGUGGUAUA